AUUAAUAUUAUUUGAGUUUUAGCCCUCUUUUUGCCCUGGAUCUGUCUGGGGUGUCGUUCUUGCAAAUCAAUCACUGAACUUGAAGUUAAACUGGUCUGCACAUGCAGUGGCGGAGCCGUUUUUCUUUGGAGUUUUCUCCCUUCUUCUUCUUCUUCAUCACUGAUUUCGCGUUACUGUACUUUUGUGGUGAAAUGGAGGAAUGAGCUAUCUUCCUUCCACCUCUUAAAUUUAGUUCGAUUGGUCAUUUGCAAUUCACCAGGUUGUUGUUUUACUUGGUUGAAUUUAUGGGGUUCUUUCCCCUCUUGCAAGAUUUUCGAUUGUUCAUUCCAUUUUUCCACUUCUUUGUGCUAAUUUGUUUUGUGAAUCGAGAGUUUUCGCUGAAUUGCGAUUAGCUUAUGCGAGUUGAAUCGAAUUCACGCCGUUUCGAUCAAUCUCGUGCGAUACGGAUGAUGAAACGUCCGUUUUUAACUGUUACAAUGACGAAGAAGAGAUGGCCGUUGAUGAUCUUGGCACUGGUUUCCAUUUCCACGGCAACGGUUUUUAUUAUGCGGACUACGUUUGAUUCGUGUAGCGGUGAUGGGAAUAGAGGUUUUGUGGAAGAAAAGGGUAUCGACUCUCAGAUUCGGUCCUCUCAAAUCGAGAGAAAAGCUCCGAAUCCUCUUGAUUUCAUGAAGUCGAAGCUCGUCCUCUUGGUCUCCCAUGAACUCUCUCUUUCUGGUGGGCCUCUUCUACUCAUGGAGCUUGCUUUUUUGUUGAGAGGUGUCGGUACUCAAGUUGUUUGGAUCACUAAUCAAAUGACCUCGGAGCCUGAUGAAGUAGUAUACAGUUUGGAGCGCAAGAUGUUAGAUCGAGGAGUGCAGGUAUUAUCCGCUAAGGGACAAGAAGCUAUUGAUAUUGCUCUAAAAGCUCAUUUGGUUGUUCUGAACACUGCUGUUGCUGGAAAAUGGUUGGAUGCUGUUCUCAAGGAGAAUGUUCCCCGUGUUCUUCCGAAGGUUCUGUGGUGGAUUCACGAGAUGCGUGGGAACUAUUUCAAAGUUGAGUAUGUGAAGCACCUCCCUUUUGUUGCUGGUGCCAUGAUUGAUUCACAUACAACUGCAGAAUACUGGCAAAACAGAACGCGGGAACGAUUAGGAAUUAAAAUGCCUGAAACUUAUGUCGUGCAUCUUGGAAAUAGUAAAGACCUUAUGGAAGUGGCUGAAAAUAAUGUGGCCAAGAGGGUUCUUCGAGAGCAUAUUCGUGAGUCACUUGGAGUUCGGAAUGAAGAUAUAUUGUUUGCAAUUAUAAAUAGUGUUUCACGGGGGAAAGGUCAGGAUUUGUUUCUCCGAGCCUUUCAUCAGAGCUUGCGAAUGAUCCAAGAUAAAAAGCUGCGGGUACCAAGGAUACAUGCAGUGGUAGUUGGCAGUGACAUGAGUGCUCACACAAAGUUUGAAACAGAACUACGCAACUUUGUCGUUCAGAACAAAAUUCAGGAUCGUGUUCACUUCGUCAACAAAACCCUGUCUGUGGCUCCUUAUCUAGCUUCUAUUGAUGUUCUUGUUCAAAACUCCCAGGGGAGGGGAGAAUGCUUUGGAAGGAUAACGAUUGAAGCAAUGGCAUUUCAGCUGCCCGUGCUGGGAACGGCUGCGGGAGGAACAAUGGAGAUUGUAGUGAACGGAACGACGGGUUUGCUACAUCCUGCAGGGAAAGAAGGCGUGACCCCUCUGGCACAGAGCAUCGUGAAGUUAGCGACACACGUCGAGAGAAGGCUGACAAUCGGAAAGAAAGGAUACGAGAGGGUGAGGCAAAUGUUUCUGGAACAGCACAUGGCCCAAAGAAUAGCUGUAGUUUUGAAGGAAGUUCUGCAGAAAUCAAAGAGCCACUCAAGCCAUUAACCCUCUGUUGUUUUUAUUUUUACCUUACAUUACAUGCUUGAGAAUAUAGACAAAUUGAAUGAAUGCUAUAGGAGGAGGAGAAUUGUAUGCUGUACUUCUUCUUCUUCUUCUUCUUUUUCUCUCUCUUUUGGUACAGUUUGUUGCAGGAAAUCACGUUGCCUAGGUGGGUGGUUUCUGAAUGUAAGUUAUUUUCGUGUUCUUAUUUCUUGUUCUGCUAAGAAAACUGGAGAAAUUUAGCCCC